GGCCUCUUAAUUUGCCAUUACAACUACCAAUUCUUCCCAAGAUCAAGAUGGCUUUUUUUGCGUCCGACGGUAUCUGCCCAGCCGAUCUCUAUCAAUUCUCGGACCAGCUGAGAGGAGUGGACAGCUACAACAUCAAGCAGCCUUCCCCAGCAACACUAGAGAGAGAAUCACUACUAAAUUCGCGACAGCGCGGCAACAGCGCAGACGUCAGUACUCAAAGAGGUCCAAGUGUUAAUCUACGCACCGCGUCGCACAAGCCGAAGAAGCGGUUAAGUGGCUUAUAAGAAGCCGUCUUCCUCAGAAGCAUUGAAACAGCCACGCG